UUUUCGAAAUAUUGGUAUAAAAAGAACUAACUGAGACAUUUCGGAUAAAAUACGUUCACGUUAUCGCAAGAGCUUGGCGAGUGGCGGCGCAAACACAAAAACACAAUUAGCCUUAUCAAAUAACACACGGUAUCACGUAGCAGAUACGGGCUGGUUUCAAAUCACGUCCCGACUUCGAGUAAAUGCCGCCGCUGCCAUCUUGCUGUUUUGCGGCUUCCACGGCUGAUGUUUUUUCCCUUGUUUUCUAUAUGUUUUAACAGUUAACGGUGCCACCAGUUUUCUGUCGUUAUGGCGGAUCCUACCAUACAAACGUUUUGUUGUCACAACGCCAAUGGAACGGAUAUGGCGGUAACUAUGAUGGAGGAAUUCGAUACGGAUUUGUACAAUUCGAUUUGCAUGGUGUCUGCAGUUCUGGGCAUGUUGGGGGCUGUUUAUCAGAUAUUACCAAGAGAGGAGUUUUCCACACAACACAGAUGGUUUUCCUUCUCUGCUACUAGAGGACGAAGAAUUAUUAUCUGGUUAGCUGUAGCGGACCUGUUAGCAGCUUUAGGAGUUUUCACCAGAUCCGCCUUAUGGCUGAAUUACAAGAACAUAAUGCCAGCUGUGGAUGAUGAUUCCAGUGUGGUUUUCUGCGCAGUUUCGUCGGCCUUUACUCAAUACUUUUACACGGCCACCUGGAUAUGGACCUUGUGUUAUGCCAUUGACAUGAGAUUAGUGCUGUCGCAGAAAGACUCGAGACUGAGAUACUACCACGCAGCAGCUUGGUUGAUACCCGCAGCUUCCACAGUUACCGGGUUAUCGUUGCUGUACGUUCCAGAUGCGAAUUGUCACACAUCGUCGUCUUUGCGAACGGCUAUUUAUAGAAUAUUACCAAAUUACAUUGCCACUUAUGUACCCAUUGCCACCGUCAUGAUAGCUAAUCCUUGCCUAUACAAAGACUCAAUUAGGGACAUGCAGAGGAUCAUCACUAGUACCUCUGGUCAAUUUACUAGCAGAGAAAGAGAUAUUAUAGACGCGGUCAAACUCAAAUUUUCUGUGAUAAACAUAGUGUUUUACAUUUGUUGGGUGCCCAAUUUAGUCAACGGGAUUUUGUUGUGGACUUUGUGGUUCCAUUUACCCGCCACUUGUGUGAUAGUUAUUUGGUACAUUAUGGCUUUGAUGAAUCCGUUGCAAGCGCUCUUUAACUGUUUGGUUUAUAGACGAUGGAGCACCGGAUCUGAAAGAGUUAUUCUUCCGUGGAGGAAAUUGGAGGACUCAAUUUACGUGGAAGAUAUAAUAACGAGUAGUGGUAGUUCUGCAAGCACCACAAUCAGGGAGGAGAUUUAUCCGCUUUUGCAAAAUGCACCGAAUAAUAGUAUUAACGAAUAUCAGAGCAUCUCCCAGUGAGGCCUCUGAAGAAAUAUAUUCGUAGAUUUUAUGUCUUUAUUUAUAUUUUAGUAAAGAAAUUUUCAUAAAACUAGAUUUUUUUUAAAGGGGGGGACUGGAAUAAUAAAAUUAAUGUAACUUAAUAAAUACAUUUAUUUUUAUAAAA